AUUCUGUGCUGAAGAAAAAGUGAUGGAUAUGUACCAAAAGAAGUGUGAGGCACCCAUGAAACAGGGAAUGAGGCUUGGAAUUGUCAGCGGUGCUGGCUUCGGAUUCGGUUCUUUUGCCCUCUUUUGCACUAAUUCUUUCUGUUUCUUCAUUGGAUCUGUUCUUGAGCAACAUGGGAAAGCAACAUUUGGAGAAGUUUUUAAGGUUUUCUUUGCUCUGACAAUGUCAGCAAUUGGGGUAUCUCAAACAACAGCAAUGGCUCCAGAUUUGCAUAAAGCAAAGGAUUGUGCUGCCUCUAUUUUUGAGAUUCUAGACAGAAAGCCCAAGAUUGAUUCAAGCAGCAAUGAGGGCACAACAUUGACUUCUGUAAAGGGUGACAUAGACUUCCACCAUGUUAGCUUCAAGUAUCCAACAAGACCCAAUGUUCCGAUUUUCAAAGAUUUGUGCUUAACCAUCCCCUCUGGCAAGACUGUUGCUCUUGUUGGAGAAAGUGGUAGUGGAAAAUCAACAGUAGUUAGUCUAAUAGAGAGGUUCUACGAUCCUGACUCUGGCCGUAUACACUUAGAUGGAGUAGAAAUCCAAAAGUUCCAGCUAAGCUGGCUAAGGCAACAAAUGGGGCUUGUAAGUCAAGAGCCAGUACUCUUCAACGAAACAAUCCGAACCAACAUUGCUUAUAGCAAGCAAGGAGAAGCAACCGAGGAAGAGAUCAUUGCAGCUGCGAAGGCUUCAAAUGCACACAACUUCAUAUCAGCACUCCCUCAGGGCUAUGACACCUCUGUAGGCGAACGAGGCGUACAGUUAUCUGGUGGACAGAAGCAACGAAUAGCCAUUGCAAGGGCGAUAAUGAAGGAUCCAAAAAUCCUUCUGCUUGAUGAGGCUACGAGUGCUCUCGAUGCAGAAUCAGAGCGGAUAGUACAGGAAGCGUUAGAUCGAGUGAUGGUGAACAGGACGACAGUGGUUGUUGCUCACCGGCUAGCCACGAUUAAAGGGGCUGAUGUUAUUGCUGUUGUGAAGAAUGGGGUGAUUGCUGAGAAGGGAAGACAUGAUGUGCUUAUGAACAUCACUGAAGGGCUGUAUGCAUCCCUGGUUGCACUUCAUAUGAGUUCAACCUAAUACAUCAUUUUUGAAAGCUACAUAUUAUGUAUUCAAAUCUAUUUAUUUUCAUUUCUGCUAUGAGAUAUCCUUCCUUUUAUUCCUCUAAUGUAAAAUCUCG